GGGGCCGUCCAUCGCUGUGGACACCGCCUGUUCGGCCAGUUUGACGGCACUGGCGCUGGCCGUCAACGAUAUGCUAUUGGGUAACGUGGAGCGAGCGGUGGUAUGCGGCUGCAACAUUAACCUAGAGCCAAUAGUAAUACAAUGCCAACAAGAGGUGGGCGCGUGCUCGCCGAGAGGUGUGUCGGCCCCGAUGGACGCCUCGGCCGACGGGUACGUCAAGUCGGACGCCGUGUGCGCUGUGCUGUUGGAGCGCCGACGAGACGCCCGCCGACUAUACGCCACGUUAAGAGCCGUACGGCUCAAUGCGAACGGCUUUAAACCCGACGGUAUGUUAAGGCCGUCCGGCGCCGCGCAGGAGGCGCUAAUGCGGCGCGCGUACGGCGACGUUGGCGUAGACCCCAGUCACGUGACGCACGUUGAGUUGCAUUGCGCGGGUACUCAGGCCGGUGAUUUUGCGGAAAUCAACGCCGUUUACAACGCGUACUGCAAACCGACGGCCCGUACUGAGCCGUUGCCGUUGGGGGCGUUGAAGAGCAAUAUGGGUCACGCGGAGGGCGCCGCUGGUUUGGCAGCUCUUAUCAAAGUGCUGAUCGCCUACGAAAACGAAUGCAUUCCACCAAAUAUUAAUCUACAUCAUUUGAGAGAUGACCUAGCAUCAUUGAUGCCUUUUGUCAUGCCUGUCGUAAAGGCUUAUGAUUACAAGCCAGGUUUGGCAGCGGUUGACAGUCUGGGUGUUGGCGGUGCGAACGCACACGUAUUGCUCGAACCCAACUAUAAGUUGGCCGCAAGUGAUGGCCGUCACCGACGGGUCGCCGAUAUUAUGCCCAGAAUUGUCAACAUUUGCGGCAGAAGUGAAGAGUCCGUCAAAUUUAUAAUGGAUUUUAUUGAAAAUAAUCCGCAAAAAAUAACGAAUGAUUUUUUGGCACUUUUGUCGCAAACAAUGAAAUAUAGGCCUAAUGUUAACUCUGCGGGAAUGCCGUUCAGGGGCUCAAUUAUAAUAAAGAAAAUUAGCGACGAAAUGAACUGCGAUAUAAAAUAUGAAUACAAGAGACAAAUGGCAGUUACGCGCGACAAAGCGCUGAGACCUCUAUGGGUACUGUUCCCGGGUUUGGGCGGUCAGUGGCCGGCGAUGGCCAGGGCUUUGAUGCCAAUCAAGACGUUCGCCGACACUAUCGACGUAUGCCAUCAAACGGUUAGCGAAGAGUUUGGCAUCGAUUUGAAACACAUAUUACUAUCGGACGACACGACAGCCAUCGACACAAUGCUCGCCAAAUUUGUGGCCACGACUGCCGUUCAGAUGGCAUUGUUUUCGGUCAUCAAAAUACUGGACAUUACUGUCGACGGCAUAAUUGGUCACUCGUUUGGUGAGAUAGCGUGCGGUUACGCCGACGGGUGCCUAACGCUCAGGGAGGCGAUGAUUUAUGUGGCCCUUCGGGGAGUAAUUACGGUACAAAUACCGGAAGGACUGAUGGCAGUGGUCGGCCUGUCAAGAGACCAGGCGCUGACAUACUGUCCAAACGGUGUAUAUAUUGCCUGUAAUAACGGAGAGCGAAGUGUUGUCAUUACGGGUCCAAUGAAUGAAAUGUUGGAAACAAUUAAACAAUUAAAAGCGGAUAACGUAUUUGUGCGCCAAUUAGACAGCAAUCACAUCCCAUACCAUUCGCAAUACGUAAGCGAAUUGGCUAAAAACCAGAGCACAGCCACCGAUAAAUACGGCCUAAAGCCAGGCCUUAGGUCCGGGAAAUGGUUGUCCACAGCGGUGUUCAGAGGGGAACCGGAGGACCGGCGGCUGGCCUACAGUGACGGCCGCUAUCAUCACUACAACAUGAUAAGCGAAGUCCGGUUUUACCCGCAAUUGCAAACAUUGCCGCCAAACGCCUGUGUAUUAGAGUUGGGUCCGCACCCGUUGUUCCGGCAAAUAGUGGCCCAAACGCUGCCGCAGAGCAGCCAUAUAUCGCUUAUGAAACGUGACUCAAACGCCACUAAUAUGGAUACGUUUCUGGCAGGUGUAGCCAAAUUAUACCAACUCGGUUACAAUCCGUCCGUCGAGCGCCUAUACCAGCCGGUUGUGUGGCCGGUGCCGAGGGGUACGCCGUCUAUCUCAUCGUUGAUCAAAUGGGAUCACAACCGGCGAUACUCUGUGCGCUGUUUUGGGGAUAAUUAUUGCCGCUCAACGGCCGGCGACUCCACUGUUAUUGUCGAUCAUAUGCUGAAUCAGGACUUAUUUUUUAUGGAUCACGCACUGGACGGCCGGCCCAUAUACCCGGCCACCGGUCACGUGAUGCUCGCGUGGCGUAAAGUGGCCCAAAGUGUUGGAAAACUUUGGACAGACUGUCCGGUGGUGUUUGAACACGUACAAUUCAAACGGGCCGUGUUUUUAUCGCAAACGGCUAACACUAAACUCGUAGUGAAAUACUAUCGACCAUCAGGUGAGUUUGGCAUUUACGAAAACGACCAACUGUGCGUAACUGGAAUGUCAUACCCUAUUAUUAACAACAAUACUAAUACUACUAUCAACUCGACAAAUGAGCACACUCGUCAACAACAUCAAUCAGCGCUAAUUCCUCAGCACACCAUCGCUCAGUGGCUACCUGUGUUGGACGGGCGCCGGUGGCCGUACGCCAUAGGCCGGGCGGACAUCUAUAAAAACAUAGGUGCGCUGGGCUUAGAUUUUGGGCCCGCGUUUCAGAGACUACGCUCCUUUUGUACCGACGAUUUCCGGGUGGCGUACGGCCGAUGCGAAUGGACCGGCAAUCCGGUGACCUAUUUGGACGGUAUGUUCGCCGCAAUGAUGUUUCUAUCGACGUUGCGUACAAUGAUUGUCGGCCACACUAUACGCGCCAUACGUAUCGAUCCAUUCGUUUUGUUUGAUAGUAUUAGGGCCCAAAAUCGAUCGCAACAAUUGGCCAAUGUCGAUUCGAAUUGCGAUUUGCAACUAGAUCAGGUAAUUGAGCAAGAUACUAACAGUGAUAAUGCAAUGGCUAAUCGAGAAAAAUUUAAUAAACGUUUUGCCAUAUGUUCGGCGGAUAUGCCGUUGCGAUACGACACUCGCACCGGACAACUGGUGUCUCCCGGACUUGAAAUGGAGGGCCUGACUGUGCAACCCGUGCCCUAUCGGCCGGAAACUCAUUUAGUUCUCGAGUCUUACGAGUUUUGUCCAAACAAUGAUAUGGUGGCCAUCGAUGACAGUAUGCGCGCCGAGAUGUUGCAAUAUAUUGAGAGGAAACCGGAAUACGAUUUAUGCAAUGAUAUGUUAAACGAAAUCCAAACAAACGAUCGACUAUUUAAAUGUGUUGUAGACAUGGUUUGCGAAAACUAUGGCAACGCCAACGAGCUAUGCGCAUGGGAGCCAAGUGUUAGUGGCCUAUGUAUAACACCAUCUCAUUUGAUUAUAAUGAGAGACUCACAAGAGUUAUGGCCAUUGGAUUUGAAUACGUUUAUACAAGACUUGUAUGACUCCAUAGAAAACAAUGGAUUUCUAUUAACAGUAUUUCGGUAUAAGUUUACGGAACCGGAGAUCGCAUUGAAUUCAUUGCAAACAACAAAUGCUGUGAAUAAUAAUGAUUUGGAUUUACGUCUGAAAGCGUUUCAAUCAGUUUCGGUUAAAAUUGGUUUCAAAAUAAUUGCCACAAAAUAUGACACAAUAGGAAGCGCUGUCCUAUUGUUCAGAAGGGUUGACACAAUACAUGAAAUUCCCGCAACUAAUAAUGUAAUCAAUAUAACGCAGGAUUACGCUAAAUGGCUUCAAAUACUAAUUGACAAUAUAAUUAAAGCCAAAGAAUCAAACAAAAUAUGUAAUAAUGUAUGGCUUAUGGGAAGUGAUGGUCCAAUUAAUGGUAUGAUUGGUUUAAUUAAUUGUUUGCGUUUGGAAACUGGCGGACAGAUAUUGCGGUAUAUUUUUCAUUACGAUAAAAAUAUUUCAAUGCCCGAUACCGUGGAUUUCAAUGCCCGACCAUAUUGGGAAAUAUUGGCCAACGAUUUGGUCGCUAACGUAAUUAAAGGCGGAGUUGUGGGCACUUAUAGGCACUUAAAAAUGCCCAAAGAUUACGACAAGUGUUUAUCAAACAAUUACUAUUUAAAUACGGGUUUAACACGUGAUAUAUCGUCUCUUCAAUGGUUUAACGAGCAAAACGUGGUGACACUUGAAUCCGAUAUUAAUAAUACAAAUGACACCAAAACCCGUAUCGAAAUCUACUACUCGGGUAUAUCCACUCGUGAUAUAAUGGCCACCACUGGUAAUUUGCCAAGUUUAACGGACCCCAUGCUUACCGAUUGCCAGCUCGGGCUAGAGUUUAGUGGUCGCCGUUUGGACACCGGGCAGCGGGUGAUGGGCGUAGCCCCGGGGGGCCGAUGUCUCGCAACUACUGUGUCGGUGCCCAUCACCCAUAUCUGUCCCAUUCCCGGCCACUGGUCUAUGGCUGAGGCGGCCACUAUUAUGACCGCGUAUUGUACCGUAUAUUAUGGACUUAUUAAAUUGGCUAAUAUUAAGAAAGGUGAAAGUGUGUUGAUACACAACGGGUCGGGCGACGUGGGUCUGGCGGCUAUCAAUGUGUGCCAACACUACGCGUGCAAUAUCUAUGUGACGGUCGGGACUGAGGAGAAGGGCCGGUAUAUACGUGACAAGCAUAACAUACCGGUGAACCGGAUAUUCAGCGCCGCCAACGACGCCGGACUCGACGUUUGGCUAAUGGCUGAGACCGAUGGCCGGGGCGUCGACAUUGCGCUUAGCACCGGGCCUUCCGGCGGUGGCCAAUGUGGCUCUCAAUCGCUGGCCAAUGGGGGCCGGUUUGUCGACGUGGGUAAUAAUGACUGGCCGAUUGGCAACGCGCCAACUAUGCCGCACCGGGAGGUGCAAUACAUACGACUGUCGGCUGACUCGCCCGCCAAACGGGAUACCAAUUUUAUGAUCGAGUUUUACGCCUGGAUUCGGGACAACUGUCGGUCGGCCAACGGUGUGGGCGGCCGGGCAUGCGUUCGGCCGCUAAAAUACACGACAUUUCCGGCGACCAAAGUUACCGACGCUUUCUGCGGUCUGACCGGCGGCGCACACGUCGGCAAAGUUAUCAUCAAACACCGGGACGACGACGGCGCCGACACUCAGCCUAUCAGUCCGGCCCAUCAUAUAGUGGUCGCCCGUAAGGCGUGUUUCUGUUCGCGCAAAGUGUAUAUAAUUACUGGCGGUUUGGGCGGCGUUGGGCUCGAGUUGAUGGCUUGGAUGCACUACAGGGGCGCCCGAAAGUUUGCGCUCACAUCCCGGUCCGGUUUGCGCACAGAGUAUCAAACGUUUGUUAUAAAUCGUAUGCAAUCGUACGCCAACAACGCCGAUGGUAAUUAUCAGAGGCCGGAAAUAUUAAUAUCGACCGCCAAUGGGUUAACCAGUGAAGGGUGUGAGCAACUGCUCCGGGAGGCCCAGCGUAUGGGCUCUAUCGGCGGUGUAUUUCAUUUGGCGCUCGUAUUGAACGAAUCGUUGGCCGAGAAUAUGACUGUCGAGAGGUUCGCCGAGUCGGCCGACACUAAGGGUCGGGUGUUUGAAAAUCUGGAUCAACUGACGCGCCGUUUACUCGACUAUAAAGUCGACUAUUUUGUGGUGUUUUCGUCCAUAUCGUGCGGCAAAGGGUUCGCCGGGUAUUCAAACUACGCGUACGGAAACUCUGUGUGCGAACGGCUGUGCGAACGCCGGCGUAGGGAUGGUCUGCACGGACUGGCCGUACAGUACGGCCUGAUUGGCGACGUCGGUGCUUAUGAGGGACGCCAGGAGUACGAGUCGGCGACGCUGUGCCGCAAACAACGAGUGCACUCGUGUUUUAACGUAUUGGAAAAACUGUUGGCCACUGAAUACCCGAUCGUUGCAUCGCAGUUGUACGAUGACGAUCGGUCGGCCAUAUUAACGGUCAAUACGGGCACACGACUGAUGGGCGAGUUAUGGUCAGUGUUGGGCGUCGACCCGUGCAAUACACCCGACGACAUAACUAUCGGCGAGAUAGGCAUCGAAUCGCUGUUUGCCAUACGAAUGCAAAACGAGUUUACAGACCGACUGGCGCUCAACGUAUCGCUCACUCAUAUCAAACACAUGACUGUAGGCAUGUGUAAGGCGUACGCCGAGGGCAACCCGGAGCCCAUACGACAGUGCAUUGCCAAACAAAAAGCCAUA